AUGACUUCUAUAAGAAACCUGGCCCAGGCUGCAAUCAUUUUAUGUGCCGUGUGCUUUUUUACAACCUCUGAUGGAAGACCAAUGGUGAGAAGGUCGGUGAGCGAGAUGCAGUUGAUGCAUAACCUGGGCGAGCACCGGCACGCGGUGGAGAGGCAGGACUGGCUGCAGAUGAAGCUGCAGGACGUGCACAGUGCCCUGGAGGACGCUCGCACCCAGAGGCCUCGCAGCAAGGACGACGUCGUGCUGGGCCGGAGGCUGCUCCCGGAGCACCUGCGGGCAGCAGCGCAGAAGAAAUCCGUGGAUGUGGACAAGGCUUACAUGGAAGUCCUCUUCAAAACAAAGCCGUAG